AUGCGAUGCGCGAGCAAGGCCGCCGAGAGCGCGUCCGCACGUCUCUGUGCGGACGCCGAAGCAGAAACCACAGCAACUGAUGUCUCAUCGGUUGCUGAAGCGACCCAGCCUGUGUCACUUGGUGAUACAGGCGCUCGUCAUGAAGACACUCAUGUCUUCACAGAGUAUGAGCUCGGUGUCUCGUUCUCUCCUGAUACGGAAGACGGAUCCGUAUCGACGGCAAUCGAAUCCAAGCCGCCUGACAAGCGUGGCAUGGAUGAUGCUAUGCGUCGUAGCAUCUUUGGUUCAUCUGAUGAAUCAGAUGAACCAUCGCCAAAGCGAAGGCGCUCGAGAUCGCGAGACUCGGGCGCUAACAGUGGUGUCGAUUCUCCUAUUGACACCACUUUGCAACGAGGUGCCAGUACUUCUGUCGGCACGUCGCAAGAAGAUCGGGACCGCAGUGUGUUGCGUCUCGCUCCUGAGAAGAAGUCAUGGAUGCCUCCAAAAUCCGUCAUGGAUCACUUGUCGGCGACGACGAGUGAUCGUUAUCGAACACGGUUGUUCGAUUCGUCAAGGAUCCAUCACCUUGACCCCAGCGCGAAAAACUAUCGCGCUGAGAAUGAUUUCUUCAUCGAUGCUUUCUUUAGACAUCGAUGGUACAGUGCGAAUCACAAGCGUGAUGGUCCCUCACUGCUUCAGGCGUGGAACGACUACAUCCAUAACCUUGAGGAUGUAGGUCGUGACGUUUGGAACGACAAACUUAUCAAAGCUCGUGAUAAGUUUGAAAAGCGAACCCCGACAGGUGCACGCUACAAGCUGCAUCGUCUGUCUAGGGAGAAAGGAUUACCCUGUCUCUCUUGGGGAGACUCGCGCCCACGUUGUGUGAACAAUUCAGCACGAGCACCUAAGGAGGCUUACCUCCUUACCAGCCCGUGGUGGCGCACUUUCUCCGGCGGUCCUUCUGCAGCACAGGAUGUGCCGCGUCGUACUGCUCUACCAGACCCAGAAGUCAACCAUCAGUUGGGAGCGGGGCUCUCAAGUAUCCCAGGACGGGGGAUAGCCGCGCCACCGGACGAGAUAACUCGUCCGACGUCCGUUCACGUCGCGGUGGUUCAACAGCUGCUCAACUAG